GCGCGUAGCCCCUCCGUCCGCACGCCCCGCCUGUUCACUGUGAAGAACUACUUUGAUUGAAAUAUAUUUUUAUUUUUAAUAUAUAGCCAUAUAUUUUUUUUCCGCCGUCGUCACAUGGCUUCAGCGUGAGCUGCAUGGAUACGACUGGGCUGAACAUUAUGGAGAUCUGAAGGAGGGGAGGAAAGCAAAGAGAGUCCGCAUCUUUUCUCCCUCCAUCUCUUCAUCUGCUGGGAAGCCUGAGAGGAUCAUGCAACACCUUAAGCCAUGGCGAGCUCUGCUCCUUCUAACCGUGCUGUACCAACCAGGGAUCUCUGACAAAUACGGUUGCCUGUUUGAGAGAAGACUGUGCACAAAGGAUCAGUUCUGCUCAGACGAUGGGUUGUUUGGACAGUGCAGAACCUCUAAGCAAGACCAGGUCCGGUACCAGCUGUCAGUUCCUGUACUGAAGAGGAUGCAGGAAGUCCUCAAACAACUCAUGCUACAAGGGCUGUCAUGGCAGGAUGACAUCACCCAGUAUAUUUUAUCAAAGGAGCUGAAGAGAGUUCCUCAUACCGCAGUACCCUCUAAGCCAAACUCGUUGUACUCCUCUUCCCAUUCGUCUCAGUCCAAACAGCACGUCCCCCACCACCAAAGUUCUAAAUCAGGGUCCCAGUCUCCUGGUGGCAAAUAUGUAGACUACAUGAUAGUUGAGCCUCCUCAGUCCCCGCUGCGUAUGCAAACAUCGUCCAUGGACCCGUACACAUACCACCAGCAUAGGUACCAAGAUGAAGUGGAUCGAUCUCUUUUGGGUGCAGAGGGCGGUUAUGGGCGCCCCCCUUCAAGGUCUCAGGUCAAUCAGAGAGAUCAAGAGCGUGACAGGCAGCUGCUGCAGGAAGUCCUGUCUCUGUAUCUGGCAUCCGCACAGCCUUCAUAUCGUCAGAGGGGAGUCGCUCCCAUGGCCCCCGCAGGUCGGCCUUAUUAUGAGGACUUGGAGCUGGAGAUACCAGUGGACUAUGUGGAAGACUACACCCUAGAGGAGAGGCUUGGUCCUGCAGUUAGGCAACAAAACCUGCAGAAUAAGAAAGUCCCCCAGAGCUUCAGCACUCAGCCUGCAAACAAUGAUGGCCUGCUUCAGAGGAUGUUAGGGGUCUUGCAGAAGUACAGAGUGGACCCCAGAGAUCUCAGCCAGGAGCAGCUCUACAAGCUAGCCCUCAUACUGCAGCUGCUGCCGGCCCAAGACAAAACAGAUCCAAUUGAGAAAGACCUCAUCGCCCUCAAGGAGAUGCAGCUGUUACAAACAGACAGCGUGUCCAACAAACCGGAGAAGCCCAUUCCCGUUCCCGGCCCCGCUCAUGCCCCUCCCGCACCCCCCUCCUCCGCCUCGGUCCCACUCACACCGCCAGCCAAGAGUGCCGGCAUUUCCCAGGCUGCCACGCAGCCGCCUCAGGUCGCUCCUGCUCAGGCCGGGGGGCAUGGGGUCAAGGAGCAGGGACUGCCACUUGUUGAGGGUGUGGGAGCCAAAGAGGAGUACGGGUACAUUGUCACCAACCAGAGUCCCCUGAAUCUUUAUGAUGGAGUGAAGCUGUUGGAGCUGUUGGCUGAUAAAAUACACCUGACAACUAGCAGCUUCAUCAACAUCAGCGUGGUGGGUCCCGCCUUGACCUUCCGUAUCCGUCAGAACGAGCACAACAUGACGGCUGCAGAGGUGGCCGCUAAAGCUGUAUCUGAAAAGAACUUCCUGGAGUCGCAGACGAGCCUGAAGAUUGUGCAGACUGGCGUGGGAGAGAGGACUGAUGCACGGGGUCUCCCUCAGGUGACCAGGGUUCCCCAGGGCUCCAGUGGGACCGUCAUCACCCUUGUUUCUAUGGCAGUUGUGGGAGGCGUGCUGGUAUUGGCCAUGGCCGUAGCUUGUCUCAGGCACUAUGCUCAGCAAGUGGCCAAUGGAAAGCUUGGCCUGGGGCCAGAGGGAGGAGCUGAAACACACUUUGACUAUCAGGAGCUAUGUCGGCAACACAUGGCAUCCAAAUCCUCCCUGUGCCGCCAAGACUGCGGGGCCGGGGGGGGCAGCGGCAUGCCGGCAUCCGCCAUAGGCCCGGGCGCGGGCGGACGGAGGGGCACGGACACGUCCCGUGUCAGCAGCGUUUCCUCGCAGUUCAGCGACGGCCCCCAGCACAGCCCGUCGUCCACCCACAGCUCCACCCCGUCCUGGAGCGAGGAGCCAGCCCAGUCUAACAUGGACAUCUCGACCGGUCACAUGAUCCUGGCGUACAUGGAGGACCACCUGCGUAACAAGGACCGCCUUCAGAAGGAGUGGGAGGCCCUGUGCUCCUAUCAGGCCGAACCAAGCUCGGUCGCCGUGGCUCAGGACCCGGGCAACAUGGACAAAAACAGACACGCUGAGUCCCUCCCCUAUGAUCACUCUCGGGUGAAGCUGAAGACCGAAGCGAACCCCAAUAAACAAGAUUACAUCAAUGCCAGCAUCAUCUUUGAUCACGACCCUCGCCAGCCAGCUUACAUCGCCACUCAGGGACCUCUGCCUCACACCGUUGCUGAUUUCUGGCAGAUGGUGUGGGAGAACGGCUGCACGGUGAUAGUGAUGAUGACGGCUCUGGUGGAGGACGGAGAGAAGCAGUGUGAGCGGUACUGGCCUGAUGAGGGCUCAUCGCUCUACCACAUCUACGAGGUGAACCUGGUGUCGGAGCACAUCUGGUGCAAGGACUUCCUGGUGCGCAGCUUCUACCUGAAGAACGUCCAGACGCAAGAGACGAGAACCUUGACGCAGUUCCACCUGCUCAGCUGGCCGGCCGACGGCAUCCCCACCUCCACGCGGCCGAUGCUCGACUUCCGCAGGAAGGUGAAUAAAUGUUACAGAGGUCGAUCCUGCCCAAUCAUUGUUCACUGCAGUGACGGCACCGGCAGGGCUGGCACCUACAUCUUGAUCGACAUGGUGCUGAACCGCAUGGCAAAGGGAGUGAAGGAGAUUGACAUUGCGGCCACACUGGAGCACAUCAGAGACCAGAGGCCCGGCCUGGUCCGCACAAAGGACCAGUUUGAGUUCGCUCUGACAGCAGUAGCCGAGGAGGUGAACGCCAUCCUGAAAGCCCUGCCGCAGUGAGAGGCGGCACGCGCCAGAAAAAAAACGAAGAAAAAAAAAAAUCAAAAGACACACGCUCCAAGGGACGCGCCCGUACGGUCCUGUAUGUCCAUUACUGUAAAUAGGAAUUUGCUCUGCCACACUUGGAGCUGUUACUGCUCUUGUUUUCAUCCUGCAGUAUUUUCCCAUCCCGUCAUUCUCUGGGUCCUCUUGGCUUUCAUUUCAAACUUUUGGAACUUAAUUUUAUGAAAAGGGCAGUGAAUGGCCUUCGGCGGGGUGCAGAUGUGAACAGAAGCCUCUUCAUGACAUACACUUAAAUGCCCCACUUCGCUCUUUGAAGUUUCUACCCAAUUACACAAGGAUUGUGUAAUGUGCGAAACCUUUGUGCCUGUGUGAAUCUAAACGAAAUGUCCACUUUGUGAUUGUCCCAAACCCUGGACAGGGAGCUAUUUGUCAUGUGGUCCGUCAGUCAGACAGGGUAAAAUUGUGAUGGCAUAAUAUUAAAGCGUAACAUUGUUAUAUAUCUCACUAGCGUCUGAUAAGGUUUUUGCCUUCACCGGACCUUACCUUAACAUUACCUCAAACGAUCAACCAAAAGACGUGUAAUGGACAUUAAGAUUGGACCAAUGGUAAAAUAAAUCCCCUCAAAAACUUGACAAAUGCCAGUGGCGUCCGUCUUACCGACACACAGCGAGAUUUCCCUCCAUUGUAACUCUCUGAAUGUGGUUUGUGUCCACCAGAAUACUGUGUAGGCCUUUCUAGUGUGUAUUGAUUUCUGGCAAGUUUUUAUUAGUGGGGCUUGUUUCUUCACUUCCAGCCUUGGUUCCUUUGUAAUGGGUGCGGUACGUGGACCGCGACAGUACACGCCACCUCCUCUCUCCUUCUGCACACAGCGUAACUUUGCGUUCUUCUUUUUCCGUCUUACUCGGCGUCCGACCUUGUGAUUAAUGUAAAUAAUUCAUCCUGGCGAUUGUGAUUAUUUCAUGUAGCAGACAGAUAGAAAAUAUCUAUAAAAAAUGUAUUUUUGACUUGACCUGAAUAAAUUUGUGAUGUGAUGCAGCAGAAAACAAA